AAGUGUUUUGCUAUUGCGUCAACACAGACGAUUCUGCAAAUCAUGCAUUUGUUUUUCCGAGAAAAAGCGAUGAUGAACCUUUUUAUUUUCGUCCCAGUGUGGGUUUUCCAACCUGGUGCUUCGGGUGUUUAUACAGAAAGAGAGUCCGUGAUCGUGAUGGAGAGAGAUUCGGUCUUUUUAAACACAAAUGCUAAAACAAGCCAACACGAAAAGAUUAAAUGGUAUUUUAACGACACCCGCAUCGCGCAAAUCAGCGACUAUCUCAGUAAGACCUGCACGGAUGUUCAGUGUAAUGAAGGCACUGAGAGAUUCAGAGACAGACUGGAGCUGGACCAUCAGACUGGAUCUCUCACCAUCACGAACAUCACAAACACAGACUCUGGAGAAUAUAAAGUACAGAUCAUCAGCAGCAACAGCAUGACUGAAAAAAUCUUUAACAUCGCUGUUUAUGAGAUGGAUAAAACAAAGAGCAAGUCAGUGAAGAAGGCAGACACUGCUACUUUUGAUCCUGGUGUCAUAAGCAACCCAAAAGAUCUGAUGAGAUGGUAUUUUAAUGACACUCUCAUCGCUGAAAUCACUGGAGAUCAGAGUAAGAUCUGUAUGGAGGAUGAAUGUAAAGAGAGAUUCAGAGACAGACUGAAGCUGGAUCAUCAGACUGGAUCUCUGACCAUCACGAACGUCAAGACUACAGACUCUGGGCUUUAUCAACUUGCGAUCAUCACCAACAGCAGCGUCAUCCGCCGUCAGCACAGCAUUAGAGUUAUCAGUGAAAAUGGCCAUAGUGAAAACGACACAAACUGGAUUGUGUUUGUACUGGGUAUAGGAGGACUAUGUGUUGGUGUUGUGCUGGUGGUUGUAGGAGCAACUGUGGAUUGGCGUCGAAAACUUGCUUGUGCAAAGGGUGUCCCGUUUUCUUCACCGAAUAGUCAAAGAGAUGCUGUCUAAUUGCGAAGAGGAACAUACAGCAUCAUUUACAGUUUGUAUGGCACUGUGCGCACCUUUCAGCAUAUUUGCAUUAACUGCUUUAAAAUUGAGCUUUUUUUGUAAGCUGAAGUUUAUUUUGUAAAAAUCCCAAAUUGUUCUGUUACAAUUGUCUUGCAUUUUUGCACAGUUAUUUAGAUGUAAACUAUACUAUCUGCAAUAUUAAUAUAUUAAUAGUUAUUUAAUUAAGUAUAGGUAUUAAGUAAGUAGGUUAAGUAUUAAGUAUUAAGUUUAAUUAUGGGCUACGGUAAAGUUUCUUAGUAUUUUUCAUCUCUCCGUUUUUACUCUUACCACCAGAACUCUUUAAAUGUGUUCUUGUGUACAGAAAUUAAGUCUAGCCUAUCACUCUAUUAUUGUUGGUAAUAUUUUUACUUUUUCAUAUUUCACACUUUUCGUUUAAUCACUGUUUGAUACGAGAUGAUUUAUUAUCUGUUAGACCAUGGAUGAUCAUGCAUAUAUAACAGCUAGGAAUGGAAAGAAAUACAACCUCAAGCUCUACCUCUAAAGCUCUAUUGAAUGUUUAAUAAUUUGCACUUAUGCACAGGUAUAAUAACAUGAGCCAUAUAAUAGCAGGUUUCACUCUGACUUUUAAAUAGCCGCUACUCGGAGAGGAAUGAUCCGAAGUGUAGUUUUUAUUAUAUUAGCAUGUAUGUUAAUGUUUAGGUCUAGGUUUAUCAGACUGGAUUCACAAGUAUGUGAAAGUGAAAGGGACUUUCAUCUUCUUAUGUUAUAUGUUAUAUCUUAAAUUAUAUAGUUAGCUGGAUAAUUUUAUUUCUAUCUAGGGUAAUGUGCAUGUCAGAUUAUCAUAAACACAAUAACUCAACGUUGUUUGUGGAUUUCUUCUGUAGAAUGUCAGAUCAGUGUAUAUGAUGUAAAUGCAUCUUUGAGAACUGUAACAAAUAAAAAUAUAAUGAUAAAAA